AUUCAGUACAAUUGGAGCCUCAGCUUGCUACUGAAAGGAAGAAAACAAACCUCUUUCUCCCUGUGCCAGCACUGUUUCAAGGCUCCGGAGGCUCUGGGCUCAGUUUGCUACUGGCAGCCAGAGGGGCAGGAGCUGAGAGACUGGAGUAUCCCUGCAUCCCAUAUCCCAUCCCUGCAUCUCAUCCCUGCGUCCCAUCCCUGCGUGGGCUCAGGGACGAAUCCAGGAGCCGAGCAGAGCUUUGGGCGUAUUCCCGGCCACAGCACCAGACACCCCCCCGGGAGGAGCAGGGUGCCCAGGAGGAGCAGAGUGCCCAGGAGGGGCCAUUUCGGGGCUGAGGGGGUGAUGGUGCCUCUGGGCAGCCCCUCUCUCGCUGUCUGUGCCUCCAGCAACCUGCGCCUCGUGGCUCCCGGACGCGGGUCCCCCCUGGCCUGGCUGCACCGGGGUCCUGAGUGCCGGGGGGGCAGCGGGGGGCGGGUGCCCAGCGCCGUGGAGCGGCUGGAGGCCGACAAAGCCAAAUACGUGAAAUCCCAGCAGGUCAUCAACAGCCGGCAGGAGCCGGUGCUGUGGGGCUGCUCGCCCCGGCUCUCCCCCCGCGGCCGGCGCCUCCUCGCCCGUCAGCAGUGUAACGAGUUGUGUCAGGGCUCGGAGCCCCGCAAGCUGCAGUGUCCCCCACAGUCCCCCGUGUCACGCCGGGCUGGUGGCAGACGUCUGCUGAGACCCGACUCCCUCGUCAUCUACCGGCAGAAACGGGACUGCUCGGGAGGGGACAAGGAAAACGCCAAGAGCUCCGGGUUGGUGCGACGCCUCUUCCAGGGAUCCCUCAGAGACAAACCCCCCAGCUCCCCCCCAGCCAGGGGGCUGGGUGAGGGGCCGCCAGUCCCCCCGAGCCCCGAGACCCCCAUGGUGUGGGUGCCUGCGGGGAAGGAGGAGGUGAGGACACCAGGUGCCAGCAGCGGCGGUGGCAGCGGUGGCAUCUUCCCUGUGCCCGGCAGCCCGGUGGCACAGCCCCCCCGAGCCCCCGUCAAGCCGGCGCUGGCUCUGCGGGUCUCCCUGCCGCUAUCGGAGCAGGAGCGGUUCUUCAACUACUGCGGGCUGGACCGGGGGCUGGUGGAGCUGCUGGGGCGGGAGAGGUUCGGACCGGCGGGCUGGGACAACGCCUCGGCUCGGCUUCACGGAUCCUGCGAGUCGGAACCCGGACAGGUCUCAGGGGGCAGCGAAGGGGACACGGGGCCAGGCGAGGAGGAGCCAGACACCCGGCUGGGCUCUGGCGUCUCGGUGGUGGAACGCAACGCCCGUGUCAUCAAGUGGCUCUACGGCUGCCAGAGAGCAUGGGCCACUGCCAAGGAGUCCACUGUCUGAGUGAACGCAGCCUGGCCGGGCACAGGGACACCCGUGUGGGUUCUGCUGGCUGGAUGUGACCCUUUGCCUUCACUGGACAUGGCCUGGGGACUGGUGGCAUCGUUGGUCCUGGUGGCAUUGCCAGUCCUGGUGCCAUGAUCCUGCUGUGGCCUGGAGGACCACCAGGUCUACCUUACCCCCAGAGCCACCAGGUCUACCCAGGGCUGAGAGGGGGGGGGGGGGGGGGUUUACCCCAGGAGCAAGCAGGGAGUUGGGGGCCUCUCCCUGUCCCCAGUACUGGCAGGCUGCUGAGCCCCCACCUUAGCACCUCUUCUCCAUCCUUCCCAUUUCCCACUCAGGCCGCAGCCCCCCUCAGCUGGUCGUGUUCUGAGCUGGUUGUAUGCCUGAGGGGGUGGGCAGAGCAGCCCCCUCCUCCCCAGCAAAGGUGAUGCUGAGGCCAGAGAAGAGC